CAGGUCCAUGGUGCCCGUUCUGCAGGGAAUGCCCUGUGCAGGGAAUGUUUGCGAAGGGAGGAGCCGCACCUGCGGCCUUGCGUGCUUUGAGCUCUCAUGGUGGCCUGGUCCGUCCGGACCGUCCGUCCUGAGGCAGUGUGCUAAUAUCGGUUCCAUUCUUCUCCCUCUGAGCUGCUUCAUGUCCACCUUGGGUCCACAGAGGAAUGAUAUAGCCAUGUGUAGCUAUCAAUUGACGCAGCGGGCCUAGUCUUCAAACAAGCGUCCACUUUAACUUGAAAGCUGGGCUUGUUCUGUUCUGUUGGCUGAGUGUCUGGUGCAUAAGUCGGCGUGACAGGAGCUGCCUCUGAUCCAUAUCCAGUUGCAGUUUGUUAGUGAUGCAUCUCGCCAAGGAGGCGGGGGCAACAUCAAAAAAUUCCGAAUUGUGGUGAUAAGCACUUGAGCCCUGGGAUCAAUCUAGGUUCUGCUUUCAACCAUGUCCUCAAGCACAAGCAAGAAGCUCAGCCCUCCUAGGCACCGCCAUGACGGGACCUCCCCUCUACCACUAGGGCUGGAUGCAAGCAGACCGCCAAGCCAAUGGACCGGGAAGUCCACAAUUUGGCCCCACGACGCCGGCGGUUGGAGCUACUGCGCCAUGAUCCCGUCAUUCACCACUUCUCCAAACCGCGCCGGAGGAUCGGACACGCAGCCGAUCGUGUUCUACCGCGUCCAAGUUGGGAUCCAGUCCCCGACUGCAGUCAGCACACUGCGGGGCAUCCUGCGCCGGUUCAGUGACUUCCUUAAGCUGCAUCUUGCGUUGAAGAAAGCGUUUCCUCGCAAGAAGAUUGCAGCUCCGCCAUCCAAGAAGCAGCUCAGGCUCACAUGGACGGCACAGCUCCUCGAAGAGAGACGACGAAACUUGGAGGAAUGGCUGCAGCAGCUGUUGGAAGACCUGGACAUGUCACGAAGCGCGCCUGUUGCUGUGUUUCUGGAGCUCGAGGCGGUCGCUCGUCAUGCUGCAGCCGUCUCCUCUGGCGACGAGAUCCCCGCUACCCCAACUCUCAUCCCCGGCUCCAACCAGUCGGCGCUUGCGCCCUCCCUUCCCAGUCCGUCCAACAUCGGGUCCGCUUCUUCCUCUCUCCCCGAAUCUCCCCCCUCUUUCCAAGACGGCGCCCUCUUUGGAAGCGCGACGCCGAUGAUUGCCAGUUCCGAUGCGGAGGACAGCGAAGCGGAAUCGACGGCCGGAAGAGGUGGCGGGAGGUUUGACGAUCCGGGCCGGGGACUGGGUCGGGUUACGGAGUCUCAGUCGGAUGAGAGUGUGAAUCGGGGGAAGGAGGCGAUUGCGAGGGCGGCGGCGGCACGGGCCGCAGUAGCAGCUCUGAAGAACAUGUCGAAAGAAGGGGCAGAAUCAGGGGGGGAGUCGAUGAGUGACCUGGAUAGAAGCGGAGCCACGCCGGGCGAAAACGGGAUCCAUACUGAGAGGCCGGAGGGGGGAAGCUUGCAAACGGGUGAGGAAACGGGGGAUCGAGAAGCCCUCCGUAAUACCCACGAGGCGACCGGAGGAGAGGACGGGUUACAGAUAGACAUGGCCGGUCUGCCGAACGUGCGGGUUCCGUCUUCUCAGCCAGCCCCGUCCCCGAGCAAAAGCGUGGGAGUUCCACGGACCGCGAGUCUGCCGCCGCACGCCGGCCCGCGCCCGUCCAAACUGGGCGCCAGGAAGGGGGGAGAAGUGGUCGGUACGGAGAACCGGGGGGGCGUGGCGGGGACCAGUGGCGAGGCGCCAGCUGGCAGGCCGCUGGCGCACCGGAGGCAGUUGUCGACGAGCAGUGACAUCAGCACGAGCUCGUGGGGGGUAGGAUCGGAGGCGAGCGGACUGGAGGCGUUUGACGUGCAUGGUGGGGGGUUGGUCGCGGUGGGGGAGAUGAGCAAGGAGCUGAAGCUGGCGCUGCCGCUGGAUCAGAGGGGCGCGGUGCGGCGCAUGCUGGGUGCGCUACAGCGGCGGUUGGCGGCAGCGAAAGCCGACAUGGAGGACCUGAUUGCCCGGCUGCGGCAGGAAAGCGCGCUCACCGAGUUUCUGCACAGCAAGGUCAAGGACCUCGAGGGCGAGCUCGAGAGCGCGCGGGAGAGCGGCCGCGAGACGCUACGUCAAGCCAUCACCGCGGAGCGGGAGCGGUGGACGGCGGUACAGUGGGAGGUCGAAGAGGCGCGCGUGGCGCAGCAAGCGGCAGAGGACGAGGCGGAACGGGAGCGCGGGAUGCGGCAGGAGCUGAGCGAAAAGCUGGAGAAGUGGGAGCACGAGAAGGCGGAGCUGGAAGGGCAGCUCGAAAGCGCCCGGCAGACGGCCGAGGCACUGGCGGCGGAGCGCGACGCGCUUGACGCACAAGCCCGCGCAGACAAAAAGGUGCUCGCGAAGGAGAUCCAGAAGCUGAGGAAAGCGCAGCCGGCGUUGAAAGAGGAGGCGGAUGCAGCGGCGCGCGCUCGGGACCGGCUGGAAGAGGAACUAGCGGUGGAGAGAAGCAGGCAACGGGGGGCGGCGCAGUCGCGUGCGGCAUUGCUUCACGAGGUCGCAACGUUGCGACAAAAGCUGGCUGAGUCGAGCGUGGAGCGCAUUGCCAAGGAGGACGACGGGCAGGGGCGGAAGCAAGGGAACGGGUUAGCCACUGACAGCGUCGAGCUGCUGGCGGUUAGCGAUAACCGGAUUGGGUGUCUGCUGGCUGAGGCGCAACUGCUGAGUGAGGAGGUCGACCCUGGCGAUCCAUCUAGAGACCACGCCGACGAAGCUUCAGCACCCAGGCCCGAAGAACCCGGAAGCGAGGCUGCAGUCCGGAAAGUCCUGGCAGAGGUUCUGAUGGACAAUGCGCAGCUGCGGCGGGCGCUGAACAGCAGCCUGAGAGCGCUUUUCACGGCUCCCAAAACGCCGUUGGGCGGGGAAGAGAACGGGGUUGAAACAGCAAAGAGGAGCGGGAUGCUCAGCCGAUUCUUGCAAUAGUAGGCAGCUUUCAGUGUUGCCAGUUACGCAGACAAUUCAGAGGUUCUGUAUGACGCCUGACGAAGCGCUUAUAGCCCGCAUCUGAAAAGGCAUCUUGUAGAUUCAAGCUUCUUGGCGCCUCCCAUAUGUGAUUACAUUGAAUGGUCCUUUUUCGUAAAGGUACGUGCCUCUAACGUGCCGAUACUGGUGUACCGUCAGGGCCGGG